ACCUCCGCUUCCAUGGCUUCCUCUCGAAUCCGUCACGAUCCCAGCUGGUCCGCUCGACAAGGUCUGGCCGGCUCAUUCUUAAAACUUUUCCUUCGGGCCUACACUGCUUGUCACUUCAAAUGGCCAAUCUCCCUCAAGCCUCACCAUGAGGGCAACCGGUUUGUGGUGAUCGAGCCUGCCACCCUGGAUUUCUAUGAAGGAGUUACAGUGGACAGCGAGAUCAAGCCGGAGGCCAUUGGGGCCACCUGGUACCCCGAGCCUUGCUCUGCCGCUACGGAAGUCCCAGACGGACAAUCCGUCGUCCUUCAUCUGCACGGUGGUUCCUACGUGCUCGGAGAUGGACGCACCUCCUCUUGCAACUUUCUCGCGAAAACCCUUCUAACACACACCCCAGCCAGCCAUCUGCUGUGCCUCCAGUAUCGACUGGCUUGCAACCCCAACGGCCGAUUUCCGGCACAGCUGCAGGACACGAUCGCCGCUUAUGUUUAUCUGAUUCAUACACUGCACAUUCCACCUGAUCGCAUUGUGCUAUCCGGGGAUAGCUCGGGGGGUCACCUAGCGCUCGCGAUGCUGCGGUACAUCGUUGAGUACGACGACCCGUGUCGGCUACCACCUCCCAAAUGCAGCUGGUUGUGGUCCCCCUGGUGCGAUGUGCCCGCGGCCGUGGACCCGGACAGCUGGACCCAAAGCCCGAAUUACGAGACCGAGUACAUCCCAGGAUCGUUUCCCACCUGGGGAGCCCGACAGUUCCUGCGCGACCUGGCCAUCACCGAGACGAUGGAGCGUUAUGUUGCCCCGAUCCACCACCCCUUCGUGCUUCCCUCGCCCGUGCUAAUCGUCACGGGCGGCCGGGAAGUCCUGUUCCCCGAUCACCAACAGCUUGUGCAACGAUUCCAGAAGAUGGCUAGCAAUGGACCUCGAAUUGAACUGGUAGUGGAAGAGAAGGUACCUCACGAUGUGUUGAUGAUUGGUUGGAUCAUGAGAUUUUAUCAAGAAGCAGAGGCUUGUGCCAAGCGGGCGGGAGAAUUUGUCCAGCGUGUGGAAUCCUCGGAGAGGUCGACAGCGACGGUGCAAGACUGA